CGCGCGGCCGCGCGCCGCUUAAUCGAUACCACGCUUAUUCCAUUUUCAAAUAAUCACAUUCUUUCAUUAUCUAUCAUUCAAGCGUUUUAAGUGUUGUGUAUAGACUAUAGACUGAAUUUAGUAUAAGCUAUAUGCAUAUUUGUGACGUAAAAUCGCUAAGGCAUUAGGUGUCCUUUGUAUGGCGUAACGUGUCUGCAAACAGAAAAAACAUAGAUAAGAUGGCGGCGGCACCGGCUUCCUGUAUGAACACUGAAAAUGGUUGCGUCAUGUUUGACUGUCUCGUGCACUUGUGGGAAUGGAUUGAUCCUCCUCUCCAACAGACGCAGUUUCAAAUGGACGCCAAGAAAACUAUACCAGCUCAGCAACCGCUGACUCACCAACACAUAAUGGCCCACCAUGUUCAUCCUGACCAAAUAUACACCCAGCAGCAAAUGUCCAAUCACGUAACAUCCAACCCACCUAUACAAAAUCAGCCAAAUGGCGUUACACAUCAGCAGCAGCAACUCAUACAGAAUCAAUAUCAUGCAACAAUGACCGCGAGAUCACCCCUUUUAGAAAACAGACAUGAAAUAUAUGGAACCAGUCAUAAUCACGAAUACGCAAGACAUUAUGGCGCAAAUGACAACUACAACUAUCAGCAACAGCAAUCUCCAACCACUGAAAGAACAGAGCAAAUUAUUCAUACAGAUCAUAAUGUUAAUCACGAUAUUGUACAUAACAUCCCGAAGGGGUACAACGCCGAAGUUUAUCAAGACUAUUUGAAACGUAACCCACCGAAAGACAGUAACCAAAUAUAUCAAAAUCAUCAACCUAUGUAUAGACCUAAUAUGAAUCAGUAUGGUUCAAAACCUUAUUUGCCAUAUUCGAAUAGAAUAGGACCUCAAAGUAAUACAGAGCUUUUGAGGAGACAGUACAAUGAAAUCCAACAGCUAAAAAUGCAACAGCAACUCCACUAUCAGAAUCAGGCACAAAUGCAUCAACAACAAAAAUUCGCUGAAAGACAACUCCUAUUGCAACAAAUACAUGGAGUGCAGCCUCCACCUAACUUACAAAACAGCAUUUACUCUGACAGUUCCUAUAGGGAUUUGGAUAGGUACGGUAGUAGAAAUGAUUUCAAAGAGUAUACAGGAGAUAUUCAGAAAGAUGUAGAUAAGUAUGCUAAAAAUAAUGAAUAUAGAGAGAUAGAGAGGCAAAAUAAACAGUUCCAAGAAGCGCAAUGGCAACAAAAUCAAGAAGGAUUUAAGGAGAUUGAACGGUAUAGAAGUCCGCCAGAGGAUGAGAAGACAAAGCAUAGAUCCCCACCAACCGAUUUUAAUAACCAAUUAAAAAGGAACACGGGCACGAUGUCUCCGAUGAAGUCCAGUGAAUCCAGUUCGCCUAGCGUAAAGUCCCCAUCAACUGAAAGUCGCAGGAGUAGCAGUGGCCAAGCUUUACGGUCACCAACAGCGCAAAGAAUUCCAUCUGCCCCUGUUACUAUAUCCGGAAUGCUUUAUAAACAAGGAUCCGAUGGCCUCAAAGUGUGGCGGAAGAGGUGGUUCGUGCUAUCUGAAUACUGUUUAUUCUACUAUAAAAGUCAAGACGAAGAAAAACUGUUGGGGUCCGUUCUUUUACCAUCAUAUAAGGUAUCAGCUUGUACUAGUGAAGAUAAGGUAAUGAGGAAGUACGCGUUUAAAUUAGAACACGCAAAUAUGCGGACGUACGUAUUAGCAGCGAUGGAUCAAGAAUCUAUGAUGAAAUGGGUUAAGGGACUAACUAUGGCUGCGCUUAUGCAAAACUACAGCGAACACCAACGGAAACAAAUUGAGCGAACUGCAAAACCAGAGGAUGACGAUAUUCCUGGACCUACAUACGCAAAUGCACCUCCCAAGCCACGACGCUCAAAUGAUGGAUACAAUUCACCAGGCUCAGACAUAUACGACCCAAAUUACGAUCUUUUGAUCAAACCAGAGUCUCAAUAUAAUCAAAGCACUUCGAAGCAAUAUCAAGAUCAAUAUGGAAGUAAAGCGAAUCAAGAAUCUUACGCCAGAACCCCACAGUCGCCUCCCCAACCACCUCUCUAUCAAACAAAAAGAUCUAACGAUUUACACAAUUCUGGAUCGAACCACGAAAGACCUCAAGAACUGUAUAAAUUCCCACAAUCGCCCCCUUUUGAAACAAGACGUCUUCCCGAUGAAAACAUGUACCAAACACAAAAUAAUCCCUUCUUACAAAAUUAUUCAGGCCAGGAAACUCGUAUUCCUCUUGAAACACAAAACACUGAUCAAAAAUCCAUAAAAAGUUAUGGAGACAAUUAUCCAGAAACGAAAACUCGUAAUGAUAAUGCACACGCUAGAGAUGUGUAUGGUGAAUUAAAGGAUCUAAAGCCGGUUCCAACGAACAGUGUAAAUGAUCGAAUUAUGGAGAGACGAACGCCCGAUGCAUACGGGCGAUCCACUACGAUGUCGAGUUAUAAAAACAAACUUGGUGAUUAUGAAGAUGUAUACUCUCCAUAUUCAAGUGAAAAUCCUGCGAAGUCACCUAAUUUAUCACUUCAUCGAGAUAAUAUUAGUUUGUCAAGUCAAAAACAGCAACAAAAGCCCAAUCAGACUCAAGAGAAAGUGUUUAGCGGGCCAUCAGUUCUUCGAAGGAAGAAAAUGCAAGCAAGUGGCAUACAACCUCCCAUGCCCAGGCCACAUAGCGCAGACUUUCUAGAGUACGAAGCUAGAAACGAAUCAUUGAAUAAGACAAUGCCAACAAGAAACAAUUUAGAUCCUCAUAAAAAUCCACAGCGGCCUAAGUCUAGCCUUGACAUUAACUCAUAUUACGACCCCAGUUCAGAAACAUAUUACUCCGAAGAGAGCUAUGCAGAAAAAAUGAGACAGUCAGCUCAAUAUUUGCAGCAACAAGGUCUUGCGCCUCGUAACAUACAGAUACCUCUCGCAAAAUAUGCAAGUGGCUUAGCUGAAAAACAAUUGCAGUCCCCCUACGCUCAUACACCAAACAACAAUUAUGAAACGGAAUUUGGCGCAAAACAACGCGAUAAUAUCAGCUACACCUCAAAAUACAGUGAUCUAGAAGGAUUAAACUCUAAUUGGAUGCUAAAAGAGAAAGAUUUAGAACAACAAAAGGAUUACUUGAACCGAAGUGGGAGUGUAAUGAGUGAUGGAUCAAAUGGAAGUUACCUGAAAGAAGCAAGUAAACUGGAGCCUAAUUCUGAUGGUUUUAUAAGAUCUGCGAGUGCACGAUUACCUACUACAGAACGUGAUGGUGAAAAGAAAGUUCAGCAGCGCGAGGAAUCAAUGAAACGCCUAUUGGAAUGGAAACAAAGAAUGUUGCAGUCUCCUUUGACUAGAAAAAGCACUCCUGCAACUAUUUCCUUAGCAAGAUCUCUAAAUCAGAGUCGACAAUCAUUAAGAUCAGAUCAGUACAAACCUAAAACAUACUCAAAUAAUUCAUAUAACAGCUACUCAUCUGACGAUGAAGCAUCCUUAACAAUAUCAGGCACUAACAUAGAAUCUAACGCAAACAAUAACCAAAUUCAACAAACAUUAUCAAAGAAAUCAUUUGUCGGAAGUAAUACAUCUAUUGGACGUAGUAAUAGAGAUGGGAAUAUACCAGUAAGAGCAGUCAGCCCAAGAGUAAGAUGGGUUGAAGAUAAAGCAAAUGAGCAUUACACGUCACAACAGAUUAGUGCGUCGCAGCAUAAUCUUAAUAUAUUACCGGGCACAGAAGAAUCUUGGGCCACAAUUAGGUCCCCUUCUCGGAUGUCCCAACAGCCCGUAAGCGCUGUCAGUCCUAGAGUUAGGAGGAACACUGAAACUGACGAAAUGCAAAAGGUGCCUCGAGAAUUGGUAGACAUACCGACAGCUGGUGAACUCCUGGGACGUAGUCAUGAAGAAUUAGUUCUCCUUCUGAUACAAUUACGUCGACGGCAUGCUGCAAUACAUCGAUCCAUAGAGCAAUGCUGCCACCAAAUUAAUAGUAUAGAGGAAUGUCUUAGUUCUUUAAAAGCUUUAGAACGGGAGGAGAGUCUACGAAGGCUCGAACAAUUGAAGAUGCAAUUAAUGGAGCUAGAACAACAGUAUGCAAAAAGCAAACCCCUUGUUCAAUUAGUGGAUAAUAUGGUGAAACUUGGGUCAUUGUACAAUAAACCUGGAUCAACAAUUGAACGUCUUGAGAGAAAUCAGAGGCUAAGGCAUAAGGUUCUAGCAGAGCAUGCAGUUGAGCAACAACGGUGGUUGGAAAGUGCUGCAGCUGGCAAACCCUUGGAAACAGAAGCAGCAAGAGCAAGAGUGGCGGAACUUUGGGCUUUGGAACAGGAGUUAGCUGAUGAGGCGUCCAUAUUGCAAGGACUCAAAACCGAUAAAGAUGCAAUAGAAUCAUUGCUUUCAGGUGUUCGUAGUAAGCUGGAUACAGUGAAUUUAGAAGAUCCACUUCAUGGGGGAGGUCUUGAGGUGGAAUUGGCCAGAGUUCACGCGAUGCUGGCGCACAAUUCUAAGGUUUAUAAGAAACUGGAGCAGACGGUAGCUGAAAACGCCCGAUUAGAGCGCGAAUUACAACAAUUGCGUAGGGCGUUACGGGCAAGGAGGGCUGCUCCACAGCCCACACAUUCACAUCCCACGCAGCCUGCACAGCCCACUCAUCCUACCGCCAUGUUAGAAGAUGAAGUUACAAGAGUCCAGCAGUUGGUCACAGCUCUGCAAAGACAGCGUCAAGAGUUAAGUCGCGCCGUGAGGCACUUGACCCAGCAGUCCCAGGUCUUACAGACGACACAAGAUUCUAUGCCAGGGCAACAUCGGCCAUUAUCAUACUGGCAAGAAACGAAUCUAGAUACUGGUCAUACAAUUGACCACGGCCAGGAUUAUGAGUACGAAAGCCAUCCAAUCCACUACGGACAGACGGAACCAUUAUAUGUUGAUACUAGACCUGGCGAUAUCACCUCUCCCAUGACCAGUGAGGACAUGCAGCAUUCGGCAUUUGGUCAUCUAUCCAACGUCGAAAAGCAAGAAAUCAAAACAGUCCGUAUAGUGAAACGCGAGAGUGAGAGACGUCAAAGAGACAGAGAGCGCUCCCUCCAGCCAAUGUCCGAUUGGUCCACCAACAUCACGACCAACAUCGACCAGUUCCUCGAGGAAGAGUUGGUCCAACCCAUCAACAACUAUCGCGCGUCCUCCGUCCCAAGAACGGAUUACUCCAAAUUCGAGGAAUACUACGCGAAACAAAAUAAAGAGACACCGUAUUUGAAAUUCGAGAGGAACAUGGAACUCAGCCCUAAAUACCCAUCGAGCCCGUCUCUAUCUAACUACGACUACUCCCGAGAUUACAAAUACAGUUACGACAGACUAACUCUAUCUAACCAGUACCUGAACAGCCCGACGGAAAGUUCCAGAACUUUAACCAAUGACAUUUCGAAGACCAGCAGUGUCAUGAGCCUGACGAGAUCCAACAUGGAGUUGUCGCCGAUAUUCAAAAGUGAGGCUGCGAAGGAGAUAAUCACAGAAAUGUCGGACACGCAUAAGAAUGGAUCCUUGCAUAGGAGACAGGUUCCGAAAGAGAAGAGAAGACAUUAUACUGCGCCGCAUCAUUUGAGCGCGAAGACAUUGAAUGAAUUACCGAAGAAUGGCUAUAAACAAGAUGCAAUGGCUCGUUCCGUGGACGACGCCGACAUGGAGCGUGCAUUACGCGGCGCCGCGCCUGACGUUGUGAGGUCUGCUCUCCCCGCUACCAAGAUACGCGACUCCAUCGACCAGUUGCUGGCUGCGCCUCAGAAAAUCGUGAUUCCCGAGCGAUACAUUCCUGAGAAGCCCCCAGAACUAUCCCCAGAAGAACAACAGAAGAGACAAGAGAAAGUAGAGUCGAUCAAAAAGAUGCUGUCCAGCUCUUCGGGUGACCAAACUAGCACCAAGAGCCCGGAUGGAGAAAAACGACAGCGGGAACACUUACUACAAAUGAACCAGAUACUCGCCAAGCAGGUCACGGAGAUGAGCAAAAUUAUAGCUGUGAAAGCCUUGGAAGAACUGCCUCUAACAAACAACGCUGAUGAUUCGGAUCGCUCACCAGAUGUGGAAUUGCCAAUAUAUCAGCAGAGGGACAAUUUCUUCACCUAACCUGGAAAAUUAAGACAUUUUAAGUGAAGCUACGAUAGCGAAUUGCGUCACUUGUCUAAGUUAUUUGUGGCAUUCGGUCUUUUAGCUUUGGCAUGGUGUACAAUGCCUAAAUGUAUGAACCAAAUAUCUGAUAAAAACCUCGUAUAAUCAGAAGGUUUUGAUGCAGAUACUUAAGGAAAAUUGGCUUAUUUACUAGGAUGUUGUACUAGAGACACGAAUCUGUAACGUCAGCAGUUAGCAGAAAGAGUGAGACAUAAUGUUGUCUCACUCUUGUAUAUGACGAUAGAAGAACUCAAAUUUAAAGGCUUCAUCAUAUCGUAAAUUAUGUUCAAUGUUUAGGAACAUAUCAUGUAAUGCCAUAUCUUUGUUAUGCUAAGAAAAAUGUUUAAUUGUUGCUUAGCAUUCUGCAUUAAAGAAGUACAAGUUAUAUGUAAAAUCUUGUUAGUAGACGAAAAAAAUCAAAUAAUAGUUAGUGAUUUCAAAUUUGCCUGUAAUCAAAUUGUAAGUAUUUGAAAGCGUAUUUCAUUAUUAAGCCAUACUUAGAAAUGCUUGAAGAAAGAUGUCACAAGACUCGAGGCAUUUUAUAAGUAAGGCAUACAUCUGAAUUGUGUAUGAAGACUCGGUUUAUUAUUUCUAUCGACUAUGUACAUACUAUAGAUAUAUGAAGAUAUUUAAAACUAUUAUUUAGCAAUACCAAAAUGUUCUUAAUAGUUAUAUAAUAGAUCUGAUGUUCGUAACAGAAUGGCCUGAAAAUUAUUUCUUAUUUUAGUAUAUUCACGCUCCUAUUCUAAAACAUACAUCAUAGUCUUGUUUUGAGCGCUGUCAAAAAUCUAAGACAAAAAAUUACAGAUGUUAGCGAUUACUUUUAACGUGAUGAUCUAUAAAAUCAG